GGCUCCUUCCUGCGGGGGCGGUGCGGGCUGAGCCCGGCCCGGUUGGUUUGGCCCGGCCCGGUUCGGCCCGGUUCGGCCCGGUUCGGCCCGGUUCGGCCGCAGCAUGUGAGCCCGCGGGGCGGGGAUGCUCUGGCUGCUCUGCGGCCCCUGCGGCGCCAUGGAGAGCCGGGCGCUCGUCAUCCGCAUCAGGGUCCCCGACGGAGCCGCCGUGGACUGGACCGUGCACUCCGCGCCGCAGCUGCUCUUCAGGGACGUGCUGGAUGUCAUUGGUCAAGUUUUGCCAGAUGCCACGACCACAGCGUUUGAGUAUGAGGAUGAGGAUGGGGAUCGGAUCACGGUCAGGAGCGACGAGGAGAUGAAGGCCAUGCUCUCCUACUAUUUCUCCACGGUGAUGGAGCAGCAGGUGAACGGGCAGCUGAUAGAGCCUCUCCAGAUCUACCCACGAGCCUGCAAACCUCCUGGGAAACGGAACAUACAUGGCCUCAAGGUGAACACGCGGGCGGGAGCCGCCGGCAGCGGCGCCGCGGCCGCCUCCGAGGCCCUGCCCAGCAACAGCCUGAAGAAAUCCUCUGCAGAGCUGAAGAAGAUCCUUGCCAAUGGCCAGAUGAAUGAACAAGACAUUCGAUACCGAGACAUCCUCGGCCACGGCAACGGCGGCACAGUCUACAAGGCUUACCAUGUCCGUAGUGGAAAAAUCCUGGCAGUGAAGGUCAUACCCUUGGAUAUAACACUGGAGCUCCAGAAGCAGAUCAUGUCAGAGUUAGAAAUUCUUUACAAGUGUGACUCCUCGUAUAUCAUAGGAUUUUAUGGUGCUUUUUUUGUAGAAAACAGGAUUUCAUUGUGCACAGAGUUCAUGGAUGGGGGGUCUCUGGAUGUUUACAGGAAAAUUCCAGAACACGUUCUCGGAAGGAUAGCGGUGGCUGUUGUGAAAGGCCUGACCUAUUUAUGGAGCCUGAAGAUUUUACACAGAGACGUGAAGCCCUCCAACAUGCUGGUGAACACCCGGGGCCAGGUGAAGCUCUGUGACUUUGGGGUCAGCACCCAGCUGGUGAAUUCCAUAGCCAAGACGUAUGUUGGAACAAAUGCUUAUAUGGCGCCCGAGAGGAUUUCGGGGGAGCAGUACGGGAUUCACUCGGAUGUUUGGAGCCUGGGGAUUUCCUUCAUGGAGCUUGCUCUUGGGAGGUUUCCAUAUCCUCAGAUGAUAGACUUGGAAUAUUUUAUCUGGGUUUUAAAUGUGUUUUUGGAGGAGAGGACUGGAAAAGAAACUUCCAUUGAAGAGCCCUCCAUGCGUAGGGAACUCCGAGGGUCUCGAUGGUCAUGUUUAGGUGUUUUAUAACCUAAAAUCCAAAGUGAUGAGGGCACAAUUCAAAAUAAACCUGAUGGGAGAGGGAGGUUGGAACGUGGACAUUCCAUGUGCUUCCAGGCAAAAAUGUCUCCCUGAACUGGGAGCAAACCACGACUGCCAAAUUUAAAGAUGCUUUUUGCUGUUCUAAUUAAAAAGCAGAUCGGGUUUGUGAAAGAAUAUUUGGCAAGGCAGUAGCCCAUGAAAUUGUAUAUAUUUUUUAAUGCAAAACAGUCGAGGAGGUGAAACUUUUAAAAUGUGGCUAUUAAGCUUUUCAAGCAACUGCUUUUCAGAAGGGAUUUUAUGCGAAUUUCUGUAUUUUCGGCAUGUGCUGGGCAGGAGAACCUUUAGAAACCUUCUUUGUUUAGGGGGCUAAUUAAUAAGGGGUUUUUAAUCUCUUUAUUUUCCUAGUUAAGGCCUGAUUCUGCUCAUUCCUUGAGUAAUUCCUCCUCACUUCAGUGGGGUUAUUCAGGGAAUGGAGUUAAUCACGUGUGUGGCUCCGAAUUUGUCCCUAAAUCCUCCAAGCUGCUUCCCUGUGAAAAUGGAGAGUGUGGCCACGUGGGUGAGAACACCUGAAAUUUCCCACAAAUGGAUGUUUGUCUCCAGCUGCAGCUGCGAAAAGUGUAUUUUUUCCCUUCCUUUUUCCUUUAUUUUUAAGACACAGACAAAUGGUGUGUGUAAAUUCAGUUUAAAUGAAGAAGAUUUAUAGGGGGAAAUCGCUGCAGUGUGGAAAUUCAGGACAUCCUGCAAUCUGCCAGUAAAACUAAAGGAUGAUUAUUUCAUUUUCUGGCCUUUAGUAGGAUGUUUUUAUGGCAGGACUUCCCACGUCUUUGAUAAGUAUUUAUUUUAUAAGUGUUUAUUUUGCUGAUUUAUUAAUCAUUAUUUAAUCUUUACAAUUAAGUCUUCUCUUGAAAGCACUUUGAGCAACUGCUGUGUCAGUAAAGUUCCUUACAGGUGUGUUUAGAAUUCAUGUAUAAUUAUUCACCCUAAUUAUAUUUUUUGUCUCGUUAUGCAGAAUAUAAUCUUCAUAAUCUCAAUAUUGUCUCAAUACACAAAAUAUAAUCUUCAUAACCAGCAUCUAACAGCAAAAGGGAACAAUCUGAGCAGGGAAAUAACAAAUAGUGAUGCUCAGAACUGACUUUCAUGCUCUAAAAACUUUGCACAGGGAACCCUUAAGCCUUAACAUGGAGUAAAUAUCUGAAUUUUUGGUGCGUUUCAUUGUUUGGGUGUUGGUUUUCCUGUCGUGGUCGUGGAAGGUGCUUUUGUAAAAUGUCAAAAGUCCCUUUGGAAACGGGAGGGAACGAUGCUUGUAGGAUUUUCCUUGGGUACAAAAUGAAAGUUUUAAGGGCAAAUUCACCCUGGAUUUACUUGCACCACUCUAUAAAUUAAUAAGAAUGGUGCAAGUGCUCACAAGUAUUCUUUUAUCAAGUUAUUUUCUGCAAAAACAUUAAAAAAACAGAAAGGAAACCCCUUUUUCCAGGGGUGCUGGUCCAUAACCCAUCCGGUUUUUUAGGGAUGGCACACAAGGAAAAUAAGUUUACCAUUUUCCUUUAAAAGUUUCACCUUAAUUUACAUGAUUUUGAUUUUACACAAACAACUGGAAAGAAAACCAGACAACCUAGAAGGCCGUGGCACCUUGAAUAUUUAAUUAAAUCUGAGGUUGGAGCCCCAAAGAUCCGAAGAAACCUCGCAGAGAAUCCCGGGGAUUGCAGUUCCACAUCUUGGAAUAAAAACCACGGACGGGGGCAAUGAUUUGUUUAAUGAUAAUGCAAUUUAGGAGAAAUGAAAAGGAUUGCCCACUAAAUAUUCUUGGCUUGUAGUGAAAGUUUAUACAAAGCAGGGUGUUAAAGGGGUGGUGCAUCCAUCAGGGAAAUAUUCCAAAGGAGCAGGCAGCACUCGGAUUUCAUCAGCUGCAGGACCACCACCACUGCCUUUAAGAGACUUUCACAUUUAGAAAAACACAAUCCCGGCCUUCUCUUAAUAAAUUAGAUGAAAACGACC